GAAUCGAGCUGCACCUACCCCGUUAUCAGUUUCGAAUACGAGUUUGCCAUUUGUCAGUGUCCAAUUCCUACAUUCGCACUGUGGAAUGACAUACCUCACGAAGGCCAAAACUCAUUAUGCGACCCAUUGAAGGAAUAAUAGUUCUGCGGCGGACCAUCGGGUCGUAGCUUGUGGUCCUAUACAUACUUUGAUGCACCUUCGGCCAUUUCUGUGGAACUUGUUUCGCUGUUGUUCACAAGGUCUUAAAAAGAGGGCUCCUUCGAACCAGUUCUCCAUAUCACUCACCCAUCAUGGAGACUAUUCCCCGAGCUUCAUUUGACAACCUUCCCACAGAGCUCGUUCUCCUCAUCCUACAAUAUGCAGCAGAACCUACUUUUACCCAACCUGAGCAAUAUGUGACCAAGAAUCCAUAUUCAACUGCUCGCACACUUUGUCUGGUCUCCCGAGUUGUCAGGCGCGUUGCAUUGCCCGAAAUGCUGCAUACAGUAUUACUGAGCUUUCGCAAUGUGAGAGCUUUCGUGCAUGCUCUACGUAUGCAGGCAGAAUACGCUCAGACGGAUUCUUGUCUCUAUCUUGCGUACACCCGUCAUAUACGCAACAUUUGGAUCGGACAUCCCAUAUCUGUACCUGAGUCAGACCUUGACCUCUUGGCUCCGGUACUUCUUGGCGCUCCAUCGCUUGCAAUCGACUUCUCAAGCAUGGACCUUGUGAAACGCUGCGUGGAACAUACAUGGACCCACGUGGACAAGAACAUUGACCGCCAAUGUUCGCCGCCUCCGUGGCGCACAAAAACAUUAACGCUAUCGGGGAUGGGCAUUGCCCCAUGGCACAUCAUUAAGCGUCCCUCGGGAUCAGCCUUCCUUGCUUCCGUCGCCCAUCUCAUCACACUCCCUCACACACAGAUAGAUUCAAAUUUACAUAUCAUUCGUCGAACCACAGGCGUUAUUGGACCUCAAGAUUACGUUCUCCCUCGGUGGAUGAGGCAUGCUCCGUGGGCUUUAUUUAAGGGGCUUGAAAGCGUCUCUUUAGCUUUCCCGCAUAUUAACCGCUCGCUCAAUCUAUAUGACUUCAUCACCGGAAUGAAUUUGCGGACGGAACUGUUGACGUUCCCCGCUUCCCUGGUGAAGGGCCGCCGUGUGCCCAUGGAGAUAAAAGCGUCUGCGAAGACUGGAAACUGGCAUAUUUCUUUGAACGACGUUCGUCUUGUGGUAUCUGACUCUUUGGUGCACUUUAGUGUAUUUCAUCAAGAGUGGGAGAAAGUUUGGGCAUGCGGAUUGUAGGCUGAAGGGGGAGCAGUGUUAUGAUACGAUUGACUAUUGGAUAUACCUCGCACCGAUUAUUGAACUUUUCAAGAUUUUAAUAUUAGUGAGGAUUACGAACGUUGACCAUAAGUAACUCAACCAAAAUCUUGGUUACAGAUCCUUGACAUGGACAGGUGGGACUCCUAUGAGACGUCCGGCAUCGCCAGGGGGCAAAAGGUCCGUCUCAAUACAAAACCAAUUAUAAUCAUAAUAUUACUCCUUCGCAAGAUGGCGACUUGCUACUGAGUCGACUUGUUUGUGCUGUAUAGGUUAGGC